AUGGAGGCAAAUGUAUCGAACAAUGCUGACAAAGGAAGGUUCGUGAAUAUCUAUGCCCUUGGCCAACUCGAGUUUCAUGUAACUGGUGCAGACAGUGAUGUUGAGGUGAAUUUGAUGACGAAAUCAUGCUCGUGUGGGGUAUUCCAGCUCAUAGGCACACCUUGUCCCCAUGCAGCUGCAGCAACUAUAGAGCGUGGGGUGAACCUUUACUCUUUGUGUUCACCGUUUUACACUAUCAAGUCAUGGGGGAAUUCAUACAAAGAAACCAUUUACCCAACUGGGAAUGAGGAUGAUUGGAUACUUCCAGAUGACAUUGAGAAUAUGGUAGUUGGUGUACCCGUAGAGAAACAACAAGUUGAUCGUCCAAAGAAGCCAAGGCUAGGAAGACCAAGGGCAAACUAUUGGCCAUCUGGUGGGGAAAAAUAUGUGAAAAUGAAUAAGUGUAGUAGAUGUGGUGGUCGUGGCCACAACAAGCCUUCAUGCAAAGCUCGGCUUUGA